AUGCGCGCGUACUCGGGACUCUGGUCGACGACAAAAACCUUGACGCCGAGAUCGGCGACGGCCCGCAGCUGGCUCUGGAACUCUGCAAGAAUCGCGUCCACGUCGGCCAAGCUCUGUUCUUUACAUGCGGCGCCUUCGUACAAGCAGCAGGUCGGUGGGUGGCUUGCCGGCUCGUCUUUCGGAGCGCCAGGGUUGAGGUACUGCACCCAGUGCACGACAAAGAGCACAACAGUCGGCUUGAGCGUCUUGAGCAUCUCAAUGUUCUGGGCAAACUCGGGGCGGCACGGCAGCAUCGCGCGGCCCCAGCGCGUCUUGAAGACGAUCGUCGGGAACGGCGUCUUGGCCACAAUACUCUCGUCGAAGAGCUGCGCAAAGCGAGGCUUGGACAUGUCUCCAUGA